AUGCCAACAGCAGCAGCAGCAGCAACAGAAGCAGCAGCAGCAGCAGCAGAAGCAGCAGCAGCAGCAGCAGAAGCAGCAGCAGCAGCAGCAGAAGCAGCAGCAGCAAGCCGUCGCGCCGAAGCACCGCCAGCCGAACGCUGCAGCAGCAGCAGCAGCAGCAGCAGCAGCAGCAGCAGCAGCGGCUUCAUGUGCAAAGCUGCAGCAAUGGCACAACCGAAACAGCCGAGCAGCAGCAGCAGCAGCAGCAGCAGCAGCUGCAGCAGCAGCAGCAAACCUGAUCUGAGGUUGUUUGUAACCAAGGGGUUGCCACCUGCAGCAGUAGCAGCAAAACGCCUUUUCCAGUACACAGCAGCAGCAGCAGCAGCAGCAGCAGCAGUAAUAGUAGCAGCAGCAAAAGCAGCAGCAGUAACAGCAGCUGCUUAUUUGACACUACGUGUAAACAAAUGUGCAGCAGCAGCAACACUAACUCAGUCCUGCAGAAACUCAACCUGGCAGCAGCAGCAGCAGCAGCAGCAGCAGCAGCAGGUAGAUGGGCUGCUGCUUGUAAGUGCAGAGGAAACGCCGGAAGUGCUGCUGCUGCUGCUGACAGCAGCACUUACAGCAGCACCUACAGCAGCAGCAGCAGCAACACCUACAGCAGCAGCAGCAGCAGCACCUACAGCAGCAGCAGCGGCACCAGCAGCAGCAGCAGCAACUACAGCAGCAGCAGCACCUAGAGCAGAAGCAGCAACACUUAAACAGAAGCAGCAGCACCUAGAGCAGAAGCAGCAACACUUAAACAGAAGCAGCAGCAGCAACAGCAGCAACUACAGCAGCAGCAGCACCACCACCGCCAUCAGCAGCAGCUACAGCACCGGCAGCCGCAGCAGCAACUAA